AUGUGUCAUUAAAGUGCUUUUUAUUUUUGUAGUCUAUGUAUUAGUAAUGGAUUAAUUGAAAUUCUACAUUUAAUUCUUAGUCAAUUUGAUAUUACUAAAUAAUAAGAUAAUAAAGAAGCUUAAGAUACUAUUAAUAAAAAAUUAAUUUUUAGAUCAACUAUUUUGAUAAUGAAGUUUAUUAUAGAAUUUUGA